AUGAAGUUGCAGGGACUCAGCACCCCCCCUCCUCCUGCGAAGACGCCUACGCCUGGUGGGAAACCUCCGUCUCCUACAGGUGUGCUGAAGUUCCAGGCGAAUACGAAGAACCAGACCACCACUGUCCUCGAAAAUGUUGUGAGUGAGUUGGAGCGGAAGGCACGUUACUACUGGUUAUUGUUUAACCGGGAGAAGCGUAAGAAGGGUGAUUUACAGAAUCAGAACUAUUAUCUAUUGCACGAGAAUUUGAAGUUGAAUGAGCACGUGCGUGACGAGGGAGCGAAAUUGAGUAUUUUGGAGACGAAGUUAAACGAGAUACGUGCGGAUCCUGCGACGUUGAAAGCGAUAUUUGAAAGAGUGCAAUUAUUGUAUUAUCAAUUUGAUACAUUGACACAAAGUCUGGCAGGUGUGUGUGGUACAUUAGCAUUCGCACCACCGGAUACUGGUGAGGAAAAGAUUAAAUGUAUGUUGGACUAUUUAUAUCCCUGCCGGGCAUUGGACCCACGACUGGACGGUUUGUUUGGCGCUAUGUUAGAGAUAGCUGCGGGCAUUAGACAGAUGCCAAAAGAUGUUCAAAUUCCACCACCGCCAGGGUUUAGCGCAUUGGUUAAGGAGGGGGCAUAUCCAUGGAGUGUAGGGGGUGAUGCACCAAUAUACAUCCGCAAUCUGUUUCAACCGGAUGCAUCUGGUUCUCAACUUCUCAAAGCUCAAAUGCUGGCAAAAGAAUAUCUUGCACGAGAAGUCGAUCGAAAACAGGGCGAUGAAUCGGUUGUGCUAAAAGGCUUCAUUCUAGAAUUCGGUGAAAUCACACUACAUGACCACAAGUACCGUACUCCAAGCGGUAAACUCGUUGUAGUAUGCCGCUUCGACAAUGAGGCCACCAACGAAAUGAACAAGAUCGCGCCACCGUUCGUCAACGAAUAG